GCGGCAUCAUGGGGAUCCAGAUCAAAUGGGACUGCAACCUGGACAGAGCCGCCUCCUUCUGCCUGCCCAGGUACUCCUUCCGCCGCCUGGACACUCGAGACCUGGACCACAAUGUGUCCCCCGGCUACAAUUUCAGGGUUGCCAUAACAGAUGACUACAAACCAGGGGGCUGGGAACAAAGGAUUUUAUCCUCUCACAGUUCUGGAGGGCAGAAGCCCCACAUCCUGGUGUCAGCAAGGCCAGGCUCCUUUCUUGCCUCUUCCAGCUUCCGGUGGCUCCCGACAAUCCUUGGUGUCCCUUGGCUGGUAGACACGUCACUCCAGUCUCUGCCUUCUGCCCUCUGGGUCUCUGUCUGUGUGUCCCCUCCUCUUCUUAGAAAGACACCAGUCGUAUUAGAUUCAGGGCCUGCCUUAACUCAGUGUGUCCUCAUCUUAGGGGCCAGGGUCCCGUUUGCCACUUUCCUGUAGCCACAUACAUUUGCACCUGCCCUUUGUCGCAUCUUGCACACAAGUAGCCACUAUCAAAAACAGGCCCCAGGCCCUGGCUGGUUUGGUACAGUGUAUAGAGCGUCGGCCUGUGGACUGAAGGGUCAAGGGCACAUGCCCGAGUUGUGGGCUCGAUCCCCAGUAUGGGGCGUGCAGGAGGCAGCUGAUCAAUGAUUCUCUCUCAUCAUUGAUGUUUCUAUCUCUCUCCCCAUCUCCCUUCCUCUCUGAAAUUUAAAAAAAAAGGUCCCAGGAGGGGCCACCUGAGUAGGUCAGUGGUGCUUUUUGUGUUGCAUUUGUCUCCCUCUAGUGGUGACAUGGGGAAUCAAAUGCACGUGUGAUCUGCAGUCCUUUUGAACCAUCUGGCUCACGGAUAGAAAGGCAGAUGUUUGAAUCUUUUCCUAAGCAAGGAGUUCGAUCUGUGUUGCUCUGUUUCUACCCUCACACAGUUCCUGUAGAAACCACUGGGCUCGAACCCCAAAACAGAGAGAAGCCGAUGGGACCCUCACAAGGACAGCCCUCCCCGGACUCCUGCCAGCAUCAGGCCCUGCCCAAGUCCCAGGCCUGGGCCAUGGCACGGGGACAGAUCACGGGCCAAGAGUUUAGGUUCUGGGAUUCCCUGUAUAAAACAGGCAGCAAAUGGUAUCACGUCUCAGUGGUUCUCCCUCAGCCAUUUCCCUGUGUGUGUGUGUGUGUGUGUGUGUGUGUUAAGGCUUUGAGACAGUUCACAUACCACACAGUUCACCCAUUUGAAGUAUAGAAUUCUGUUUUCAGUACAUUCACCGAGUUGUGCACCUACCACAACAGUCAGUUUUAGAACAUUUCCAUCACCCGUACCCUUUAGCUUUCACCUCUCUGUCCCCCUCACCCCAGCCCCUGGCAACCUCUCAUCUACUUUCUGUUUCUGCAUUUGCCUGUUCUGGACUGUCAUAUGAAUGGAGUCAUACAGCAUGUGGCCUUCUAUUUAAAGAUCUAUCAGUAAUUUUUUUAAAGUAGUGCCUGUUAGGUGUGAUCAAAUAAUUGAUGUACCCCCUCCCCUGGGAAUUGACCUUUAGCCCACUUCACAAUGGACAUUCUGCUUGCUUAGACCACAUUCCACCUGCUAAGACCAUUAUCUCUCCCCUCCGGAGUUUCCCAGAAUCCCGACCUGCACAGAGAAUUCUCCUCCCAGAAAAAGCCCGCCUAGAGUCCUUUAAAAACUCUGACUCCCAGUCUUUGGGUGCUGCCCCAUCUGGGUUUCCAGAUGACCUUUACCCCUUUUGGCCUCGUGCAUUCCUCCUUCGGCGACCCUAACAGUGCCUGCAUACAGAAGAGAAAACUUCAUAGAAGUGGCCUUAGUGUGCACUCAGCCCAGAGCUUAAGAUUUGGAGCAUUUGAAAUCUUAGCUUUAUUGCUUCUGAGGAAACAGGACCCUGGGUCCACUUUAACACCCAGAUCUGAAGUUGACCAUUUUAUACAAAACCUGCUUUGCUUUGAACCUGCCAAAAUUUGCUUUCAUUGAGAUUUAAGCUAAACUCCACUAGAAUCCUACAAAAACUCUGUCCCUUUGCUUGGGACACGGCUCCUCUGGCAUGUGUUCGCCCUCAUUGAGGGGUCAAAUCCUACCUUUGUUGGAUGGCUAGUUUGUUCCUGGGAGUCAUAGGCUGCUGGGCCUAAGUCCUGGACGAACCUCCCAGGGCACAGAGCAGGAUAGAGAGAGGAUCCAGACAGAGAGUCAUGCAGGAAAUAUUCAGCAUAGAAAUAAAGUCCACCCUUCCCUCCCCACUACCCAGCAAAUCUGAUUCCCCACUAUCUACAGACAGGAGUGUUGUGAGGAAGUGUGUGGGGGGUGAGGGCGGAGGGGAGGCAGAGACCUUGGUUCACCCAGUGUUCAUACACAUCUGGGGCUGAGUAAAGGGCUGCAGAAAAUGAAUCAGUCAGUCUCUGAGUGGCUCUUGAGGCCAUGGAAAGAUCUAGGUCCUUUACUAAGGCACAAUGAAAGCACUGGGUCUCCUGACAUUUGAAGGGCUGCCCCUUCCCCCCAAAUGAAAUGAGCCAAAAAAGUGAAGGGAACAGGGGGAAGGGCAGAAUUCUAAAAAAAAAAAAAAUGCCCUUCCUUUGAACACCAUCAUUGUGCGAGCAUGUGAGGGAGGCCAGCGGGGGUGGGGUCAGCUGGGAGGCAGGCCUAUAGGACUUGUCUUCCCUUGUUUAUCCCCCAGCCACAUCUGGGCAGCAGCCAGGGUCCGCCCUCAUUGUGUCAUCAUUGGAGGAGCUCAAACUUAAAGGCUCCAGUUUAAAUUCAGGGCAUUUCAUUUUCUCUUACUGGUGGGCCUGCUGUGUCUCACCAUGCCAGCCUGCUGCGAUGAUAUGUUCCUGUAUGAGACCAACAAAGUCAUCCAGAUCCAGAACACGAGAUAUGGCACCAUUAAGUGGAUCUUCCACAUGAUUGUUUUUUCCUAUGUUAGCUUUGCUCUGUUGUGUGACAAGCGGUACCAGCGGAAAGAGCCUCUGACCAGCUCUGUGCACACCAAGGUGAAAGGCAUAGCGGAGGUGAGAGAGGAGAUUCUGGAGAAUGGAGAGGAGGUGCACAGAGUCUUCGACACGGCAGAUUACACCUUCCCCGUGCAGGGGAAUUCCUUCUUUGUGAUGACAAACUUUCUCAAGACAAAGGGCCAGGUGCGGGGGCUUUGUCCAGAGCACCCUACCCGCAGGACACUCUGUUCCUCUGACCGGGGCUGUAAAAAGGGAUGGUUGGACCCGCAGAGCAAAGGAAUCCAGACCGGAAAGUGUAUACCGUAUAAACUGCAGCCUCCGAAGAAGACCUGUGAAGUCUCUGCCUGGUGUCCCACCGAGGCAACGGAAGAGCCCCCCCAGCCUGCGCUCUUGAACAGUGCUGAAAACUUCACUGUGCUCAUCAAGAAUAAUAUCGACUUCCCCCGCCACAAUUACACCACGAGAAACAUCUUGCCAGAUGUAAACAUCACUUGCACCUAUCACAAGACUCAGAAUCCACAGUGUCCUAUUUUCCGACUAGGAGAUAUCUUCCAAGAAACAGGAUAUAACUUUUCAGAAGUGGCAAUUAAGGGGGGAAUCAUGGCCAUUGAGAUCAACUGGGACUGCAACCUGGAUAGUUGGUUCCAUCACUGCCGUCCAAAAUACAGUUUCCGACGCCUUGACGACAAGACAACCAAUGAGUCCUUGUACCCUGGCUACAACUUCAGAUAUGCCAAGUACUAUAAGGAAAACAAUGUUGAAAAACGGACUCUGAUAAAAGUCUUUGGGGUCCGUUUUGACAUCCUGGUUUUUGGCAGCGGAGGAAAAUUUGACAUCAUCGCACUGAUCGUGUACAUCGGCUCCACCCUCUCCUACUUUGGUUUGGCCACUGUAUUCAUUGACUUCCUCAUCAACACUUGCUCGAAUACAUCCUGUCAAUCCUAUUGCAAGUGCUGUGAAUGCUGCGCGGUCAAUGAGUAUUACUACAAGAAGAAGUGCGAGUCCAUUGUGGAGCCAAAGUCGACAUUAAAAUAUGUGUCCUUUGUGGAUGAAUUCCAUAUUAGGAUGGUGGAAGAGCAGCUACUUGGGAGAAGUCUGCAAAAUGUCAAAGGCAAAGAAAUCCCAAAACCAUUAAUGGACUUCACAGACUUGUCCAGGCUGCCCCUGUCUCUCCAAGACGCACCCUCCAUUCCUGGGCAACCAGAGGAAAUCCAGCUGCUUAGUGAGGAGGCAACACCCAGAUCCAGCAGCAGCCCGAGCUGGUGCCAGUGCGGAAAUUGCCUCCCAUCCCAACUCCCCAGGAGUCACCAAUGCCUGGAGGAGCUGUGCUGUCGGAAAAAGCCAGGUGUCUGCAUCACGACCUCAGAGCCAUUCAAGCAGCUCAUCCUGUCCAGACGUGCCCUGCAGUUCCUCCUGCUCUACCAGGAGCCCUUGCUGAAGCUGGAUGCGGAUGCCACCAACAACCAGCUGCGGCACUGCGCCUACAGGUGCUAUGCCACCUGGCGCUUCGGCUCCAAGGACCUGGCUGACUUUGCGAUCCUGCCCAGCUGUUGCCGCUGGAGAAUCCGGAAAGAGUUUCCCAAGAGUGAAGGCCAGUACAGUGGCUUCAAGAGUCCUUACUGAUGGAACAGAGCAGUCAUAAGCAAAUUACUUCUGCUUGCACCCCGAGCUUCAGCAGCCAAGAUCUGUGGCCAGAUUUCCUCCGCUGCCACUCUGCAUGUGUCAGAGAGCAGAGAGACCCGGGUAAACAAACAAACCAGCCAGAAUCCCUCAACAUGGACUGAGAGUGGAGAGAUUCAGACGUCUGUCUCAAUUUUGCCCCUGGGAAGCUGUGUGAUCUAAGGCCUUUAACCUCUGUACCUCAAUUGCCUUAAGAUUCAACCUACUCUCUUACAGAGAUAUUGGGAGGAAAAUUGAGACAGUGUAUACAAGCUUUCUUGUUAAUGCACAGAGAGCUAUAUGAAUACAAAGCAACUCAUUAUAAGGUCAGACUAGGAUAAUGUCCAACUAUGAACAAACUCUUUGGGUCUUGAGUCCUGGUUAGAGAACGUGAAGGAUUCAAAGUGGCUACAAAUUCCUUGGCCUUUGUCUCUCAGGACCUGAAGGUUAUGUCUCCUCCCCUUGCGCAGCUCUGAUUGCUUAUCCAAUAGUGAAAGUGAUGCUGGGUCAGUUUCAAGGUCUUGGUCUUAAGAGGCUGGCAACUUCCACUCCCUGUCCCCUGACACUUGCUGUGCAGGAAGCCAGACCUCAGGUAAAAGUCUGACUAUCCUGAGACAGCCCUGCUGUGAGGAAGCCCAAGCAACCAUGUGGAGAGGAGAGAUGACUGACCAGUCCCAGCUUUCAAAUCAUAUAAGCCCAGUCACUAGGCAUGGGAGAGAAGACUUUAGACCCUUCCAGAGCCUGCUAACACAUGUCUGCAACUUCAUGAGACACCCCAAGUGAGAGCUGACCCAUGAAUGCACAGAACAAUAUUGUUUUAAGCCACUAAGUUUUGGGUUCUUUGUUCUAUAGCAACAGAUAGCUGGGACAAGAGAGCAAGCUGGACUCUUAGGGACAUAGACUCAGCCCAUACCUUCCCUGGUCCUAAAGGUCUCAGGGAGCCUGGACCACCUCUGGAGCUCCUUAGGAGCCUAGGUUCCCAUUCAGCAGUUCUAGGAGGGCUGCAGAUGGAAUCAGGUAACUCACCAGCCCAGCCCUGGAAUCCAUCCAAUUUAACUGCCACGCUGCCCAAUACAUUUCAAUUGCAUUACAUUUCUACGACUGGAAAUAACCAGUGCAGUUAAGAACUGGAAAAGGCCGCCUUUAAGCUUUUAAUGUCUUGAGCUUUGCAUCCAAUUAAAGUAGAUGCAGUCUGGAUGCUACUCAAAAAGCAACCUAUACCCAAACCU